CUUUGUUCAGACGUGGAUAAAGCCCACGUCCAAGUUUAUCUUGCUAUCACCCAAAAGCUAGGUUCAUUGUCUGCGGAAUUGUGAUAAUUUCAUCAUGAGUAAUCCUACCGAACCCGCUGAUCCUUCUCAUAAAUGCUGCGAUGGUUGCACAAUGAAUAGAUCGUCGAACUCCAACACCACUACUUCUUUCGGGCCCAUCACGGCAGCAAUCAACUCGAGCAAUGUCACCGAACCCUGCAAUGAAGGGUGCUGCUCCGGAAACAAGGACCUUGUCGAAGAGGCUACUGAAGAUGAUUGCUGUGGUGGAAAUGAACUAUUGAUCGAAGACAAAUAUCAAGUCACCUGCUGCUCUGGAGAGGAGAAGGAAGCAGCAGACGACGGCUGUCAAGAUUUAUGUUGCUCUGGAGAGAAUGAGAAGUCUAAUGGGCGUCGCGGUUUGUCGGCUUGCUGUGAAGGUAAAGCAAGUCCUUGCUGCGAUGCAUCCUGCAUCGACCGAAUCGCGAUGCGAGAGUGUAAAAGCAAUUGUAGCGAAGACUUUAAGAGUAACGGGCUCCACACCGAAGGUACGGCUUGCGAGGCUCAUAAGAAGCGCACCCGCCACAAGUACGCCGCGAAGCUGGCUGCCUUUGAUUGCAUCUGCCGCGCUCUUAUUGCUCUCGGGCAAGAGUCUUGCUGCAUCCCAAAGGCAGAAUCUUCUGUACCCAGAGGUUCUACAACGAGAAAGUGGUCACCCAACUCAGAUGCAUCUGACGCGUGUUGCAAGCCGCGCCGCCAAAAGACUCCUCUUACAGUAACAGGGGAGGCUUCAGGACGGCCUGCCAGUACGAAACUCUGCAGCGAUGAGUUCACCAGCGUCGUUGGCAUACAGCCAGUCUCUGCUGACAUCGAAAAGGGUUGCUCUGGCGUUGAACAUAUGGUUCUUAGUAUCACUGGCAUGACCUGCACUGGUUGUGAGACUAAGCUUCAGAGAGUCCUGGGAACUCUUCCGCCCAUCACCAACCUGAAAACAAGUCUAGUUAUUGCUAGAGCUGAAUUCAACCUGGACACUGCAAUCAUGUCUCCGGAUGCCGUGAUGAAGCAUCUGGAAAGGACUACGGAAUUCAAGUGCGAGCGGAUCUUGACCCAAGGAUCAAACCUCGAAGUCAUACCCAGAGGCAAUGUCAAAGACUUCCUGGGUCAGCUGCUUCCUCUGGGCGUCAAUGACAUGCAACUGGUUGGCAAGGGGAUAGUGCGCAUCAAUUUCGAUCCAAAAGUCAUCGGUGCACGUAGUUUGAUUGAGAACAAUCUUGAGUACCCAUGUAGUCUCGCCCCGCCUCCUGUUGACCCAGGGUUGGCUGCCGGCAGCAAGCAUGUUCGCGAGAUGGGCUACAUGACCCUCUUGUCUAUUGUUUUGACAGUUCCUGUAUUAGUUCUUUCCUGGGCACCUCUCCGGAGCCGUCCUAUCACUUACGGGGCUGUUUCCUUGGCCCUAGCUACUAUCAUUCAGCUUGUUAUCGCUGGACCGUUCUACCCCAAGGCUUUGAAGAGUCUCGUAUUUUCUCGCAUGAUUGAGAUGGAUCUCCUUAUUGUUUUCAGCACAAGCGCUGCAUACAUCUUCUCGGUCGUAUCGUUCGGAUACCUUGUUAGCGGACAUCCUCUCUUGACUGGAGAAUUUUUUGAAACAAGCACUCUUCUUGUCACCCUCAUUAUGGUGGGCCGUUUUGUUGCAGCUUUGUCUCGCCAGAAAGCGGUUCAGUCGAUCACAAUCCGAUCUCUGCAAAUAUCCACAGCACAGUUGGUUACCAAAGACGGCACGAGUAUUGACGAGAUUGAUACCAGACUGCUUCAAUAUGGAGACUUUUUCACUGUCCUUCCAGAGCACCGCGUCCCGACAGAUGGAGUCGUCAUAUCUGGCUCCUCAGAAAUUGACGAGUCCAUGCUCACAGGUGAAUCUCGACCGAGCGAGAAGCAGGUCGGCUCCAAGAUCAUCGCCGGCUCGAUCAACGGCUCUGGCAAACUCGUCAUACAACUCACACACCUGCCAGGUGAAAAUACCAUCAGUGUUAUCGCUGGUAUGGUUGAUAAUGCUAAACUGAGCAAGCCAAAAAUCCAGGACUUUGCGGAUCGUGUUGCAUCCUACUUCGUCCCAGUGAUUGUAUCCCUCACAAUUCUCACAUUUGUUGUAUGGAUUAGCGUCGGCAUUGCGAUUCAGAAGAAGUCGGGCUCCGAUGCUGCGAUUCAGGCCAUCAUAUUUGCCAUUACAGUCCUGAUUGUCUCAUGUCCCUGUGCUAUUGGGCUUGCAGUCCCCAUGGUCAUCGUCAUUGGUAGCGGUGUGGCUGCCGAACGUGGGGUCAUUUUCAAGUCUGCCGACAGCAUCGAAAUGGCGUACAAGACAACGCAUAUAGUCUUCGACAAGACUGGGACACUUACCGAGGGGAGGCUCAAAGUCGCCAAAGAGCAAUACAUCAUGGAAAACGACGUUGCAAGUCAAUCAAUGAUUCUCAGUUUGGUGUCAAACAGCAAGCAUCCCGUAUCCGUCGCCGUUGCCACCUAUCUUGAGGGUCAUGGUACCACGCCUACUAAAAUCGACGACAUCAAGACGGUGGCGGGGAAGGGCAUUGAAGGCAAAGCUGAGGGCAAAUUGAUCCGGGGCGGUAACGCUCGAUGGCUUGACGCGGAGUCCGAUGGACAUGUCCAAUUCCUGGCUGGUGCAGGAUACACUCUUUUUUGCAUUACACUGGACUCAAAGCUCUAUGCUGUCUUUGGCCUCUCCGACACUGUGCGGCCAGAGGCCACUGCCACUGUAGCUAAGCUCCGGCAGAGGGGCAUUCAGCUGUCUCUCCUCAGCGGAGAUGACAUUGGUCCCGUGCAACAGAUCGCUGCAGAGGUCGGAAUCAAUUCCGAUGAAGUUCGGUCUCGAUGCUCUCCAAGCGACAAGCAACAAUACAUUCAAUCUCUAUUGAGGUUGUCAGUCGGCAAAACGAAGUCUACGGUCGUUUUUGUAGGAGAUGGGACGAAUGAUGCCGUCGCCUUGGCUCAAGCAACAAUCGGUGUGCAUAUGAGUUCCGGUACAGAUGUUGCGCAGAGUGCAGCUGAUGUUGUGCUUAUGCGACAGUCCCUGGAGGGUAUUUUGACUAUAAUCAACAUCUCUCAAGCUGCCGUGCGGCGUAUAAAGUUCAACUUCGGCUGGUCCUUCGUUUACAAUGUCUUGGCUCUCCUCUUCGCUUCUGGCGCACUUGUCAAUGCUCGUAAUGGUGUAGCACUUAACAUUCCACCUCAAUAUGCCGGUCUCGGCGAGCUGGUCAGUGUCCUACCCGUAAUUGCCAUUGCAGUUGGCUUAAGAUUGGCCAAGAUCUAGGCGGGACCUCGAUCAUUAUUAAGUCAGGACAUAGUAUGCAACUAGUCAAAAGAAAUAACAUUUGUAAGUUAUAUCGUUAAUCGUGAACCACGUGAAUAAAAU